CGCCCGGCGGAUGUUGCGGCGCGGCAGCGGCUGAGGGAGGGAGGGACGGACGGACAGACGGACAGACGGAGGGAGGGCCGGCGGAGCGGCAGCGGCGGGGCCGCGCACGUCCCGAGAUGGCCGAUGAGAACGAGGAGCUGCCGGCCGACGAGGAGCUGCCGGCGCCGGCCGAGGAGGGCUUUGAGCAGCUGGAGAACGACAGCCCCGCCGAGCGCAGCGGGCACGUGGCCGUCACCGACGGGCGCUGCAUGUACGUCUGGGGAGGAUACAAGAAUGCUCAGGUCCGGGGGUUUUAUGACUUCUACCUGCCUAGGGAUGAAAUAUGGAUCUACAACAUGGAAACUGGAAGAUGGAAGAAGAGCAAGACUGAGGGAGAUGUUCCCCCCUCCAUGUCUGGCAGCUGUGCCGUGUGUGUGGACAGAGUGCUUUACCUCUUCGGGGGGCACCACGCCCGGGGCAACACCAACAAGUUCUACAUGUUAAAUGCCAGAUCCAGGGACAAAGUGCUGCAGUGGGUGAGAGUGGAGUGCCAGGGGGUGCCCCCCUCGUCCAAGGACAAGCUGGGGGUGUGGGUGUACAAGAACAGGCUGAUAUUUUUUGGAGGCUAUGGCUAUUUUCCUGAAGGGAAGGAACGUGGAACAUUUGAAUUUGAUGAAACUUCUUUUUGGAAUUCAGGUCUUCCUAGAGGGUGGAACGACCACGUGCACAUUCUGGACCUUGAAACUUUCACUUGGAGCCAGCCCAUAACUACGGGCAAGACCCCGUCCCCUCGAGCCGCCCACGCCUGUGCCACCGUUGGGAACAGGGGCUACGUGUUUGGAGGCAGGUACAGGGAAUCCAGAAUGAACGACUUCUACUACCUGAACCUGGACACGUGGGAGUGGAACGAAAUACUCACCCAAGGCGUCUGCCCCGUGGGCCGAUCGUGGCAUUCCUUAACGCCGAUUUCCUCGGAUCACCUCUUCCUCUUCGGAGGCUUCACCACCAACAAGCAGCCCCUGAGUGAUGCCUGGAUUUAUUGUAUCAGCAAGAACGAGUGGGUACAGUUUGAGCAUAACUACUCUGAUAAACCAAGGCUGUGGCACACGGCCUGUGCCAGCGAGGAGGGCGAGGUGAUCAUCUUUGGGGGCUGUGCCAACAACCUUCUGGCCCAUUCCAAAGCUGCUCACAGUAAUGAAAUCCUGGUGUUCUCCCUCCAGCCAAGAUCUCUUGUAAGGCUGUGCCUCGAGGCCGUGAUUUGCUUCAAGGAGAUGUUGGCCAGCUCAUGGCACUGCCUGCCCAAGCACCUCCUGCACAGCGUGAACCAGCGCUUCGGCAGCAACAACACCUCGGGCUCCUGAGCCCGGGCCUGGCUGUGCUCCACCCUCUGUGUGUAGGUAGUUGCUUCUCGCCCUCCCGUGCAUGUGAAUGGCCUAGAGAGAACCUAUUUUUGUGUGAGAUGUUCCAAUAAAUGUAUUUGGUGCCAGAGGA